AUGCUUUACGAAAAUUAUUACAGGUGUUUAUUAAUAAAUAGUCAUGCAUUUACAAUCAUACCAAUUAAAUUAUUAGAAGAUUCUAUUCAACAUAGUGCAAAUUCUUAUGUUCUUGCUAAAGUUGCUCUAGCUCGACUUAUAGGUGAUAUUGAUUUUCGAAUAUUCACUUAUCUUGAACAACAACAACAAUUUUUAAAAAAACAGUAA